AUGACGACUAUUGUUAAUCUUGUUACAUCUUCUGCCAAACGCAAUGCCGAGUUACAAUCUGCUCAAGUUAAUGAAAUUGCACGUUCUGUUGUUGUCGGUGAACGUGAGACUGGGCGAGGAGCUAAUCAGAUUGGUACUUUACAUCGAGCAGGAACUACUCGUUGGAGCUCCCAUUUUGAAUCUAUUUGCGACUUAAUAGAUAAGUAUAAUGCAAUUAUUAAUGUGCUUGAAAACAUUGUCACUUAUGGUUCCUCUACUUCGAUGCGUGGGGAAGCCGGCGGUUCCUUAAUAGUGAUGAAGUCUUUUGAUUUCAUUUUUAUUUUGCAUUUGAUGCAUAAAAUUAUGGGGAUCACAGAUUUACUUUGUCGUGCCUUGCAACAUAAAUCUCUUGAUAUCAUAAAUGCAAUGGAUUUGGUCUCUACAACUAAAGCACUUCUUCUAACAUUGAGAAAUGAUGGUUUUGAUAUUCUUCUUUCAUAUGUCAAAUCAUUUUGCACAAGAUUAGAUAUUGAUAUACCAGACAUGAGUGCUCAUUAUAAGCAUUCUAGUCGUUCAUGUCGGCAAAAGGAUACCAUCACAGUUGAGCAUCACUUUCAUUACGAUAUAUUUAAUACUACAAUAGAUUUUCAAUUGGAAGAGUUAAACUCUAGAUUCAGUGAUGAGACAGUAGAACUUCUUAUGCUUAGCUCUGCCUUAGAUCCAAAAGAUAAUUUUAAUUGGUUCAACAUUGAUAAGAUUUGCACUCUCGCUGAGAAGUAUUAUCCCGAGGACUUCACUGAACAGGAAAUGCAUAAUUUGAGGUGUCAACUACAACAUUAUGAGCUCAAUGUGUUGAUUCGUCUAGAUUUAACUUUGCCUGUUUCUACGGCAACUACAGAGCGUGCAUUUUCAGCUAUGAAGCAUAUGAAAACAGUUCUUCGUAAUAGAAUGGGAGAGGAUUUUCUGACAGAUUAUAUGAUUAUUCACAUUGAGAGAGAGCUUGCUGCAAGUAUUGAUUCAGAUUCUAUAAUUGAUGAAUAUUAUACUUUGAAGAAUCGUAGAUCACAACUUCAAUAA